CUCAGCUCGUCGUGUUUGUCUGAAGCUGUUUGACUCCUGAACUCAUCACUGAACAACACCUGACGGCUUUAUACUCACAAAGACGAGUCGUACCUCCUCACAUCCUCCUGGAAAGCUUCAUUCCUAACCUUCAUUUCACCUACGGAUGCCUGCUGGUCCGGCCUGAGGAUGGAGAAGUACGAGAAGAUGGGGAAGAUUGGAGAGGGCUCGUACGGCGUCGUCUUCAAGUGCAGGAACAAAGACACGGGGCAGAUCGUCGCCAUCAAGAAGUUUGUGGAGUCUGAGGACGACCCGAUCAUCAGGAAGAUCGCUCUGAGGGAGAUCAGGAUGCUCAAGCAACUCAAACACGCCAACCUGGUGAAUCUGAUCGAGGUGUUUCGGCGUAAACGGAAGCUCCACCUGGUGUUCGAGUACUGCGACCACACCGUCCUCAACGAGCUGGACCGCCAUCCCAGAGGGGUCCCGGAGCAGCUGGUGAAGAGUAUAACCUGGCAGACUCUUCAGGCCGUAAACUUCUGUCACAAACAAAAUUGCAUCCACCGAGACGUCAAGCCAGAAAACAUCCUCAUCACUAAACACCAAGUCAUCAAACUCUGUGACUUUGGCUUUGCCAGGAUCCUCACUGGUCCCUGUGACUACUACACAGACUACGUGGCCACUCGUUGGUACCGGGCCCCUGAGCUGCUGGUGGGAGACACUCAGUACGGCCCCCCGGUGGACGUCUGGGCCAUCGGUUGUGUGUUUGCUGAGCUGCUGUCGGGGAUUCCUCUGUGGCCCGGGAAGUCUGACAUGGACCAGCUGUACCUGAUCAGAAAGACUCUGGGAGACCUGAUCCCUCGCCACCAGCAGGUUUUCAGCAACAACCAGUUCUUCUGCGGCGUUUCCAUCCCAGAGCCACAAGAGAAGGAGCCUUUGGAGCAGAAAUAUCCAAAUCUGUCUCAUCAAGCUCUGAGUAUCAUGAAGGGUUGUCUGAGGAUGGACCCGUCCGAGCGGCUCACCUGUGAGCAGCUGCUCCAGCAGCCGUACUUCGACUCCCUGAGAGAGAAGAGCGAGAGCUCGUCCAGGGAGCAGGAGCGCAUGAGCAACAAGAGGACACGAUUCCCUCGGAAACACCUUCCUGCAGGGUAUCUCCCCCAGCUGACCGGCAGCAGCAUCUUCCCAGCUGUGGACAAUAAACGAUACUACAACAACCUGCGCAAGUUCAACUAUCACCUCCCCAACAUCUAAACUCAUAAUCAGCUGAUUUCAACUCUGUCAACGAGGGACAUUUUCUGAAACACCUCAGGAAAUGGAGCAGAGGAUGCCGGGUAGCACCUUUGAGUUUUUCAACCACUCUGACGUUUUUAUUUGAUGCUCUAUGCACUAUUCCCCGACACGUCCACGCAGACGCGUUGGUUUAUGUACAAUGUCUUUGUUUAUGUACGAUGUCUUCGUUUAAAGCUGAUUUUUUGAAGAUUUCAAAGACAAAGAGCAACGCUGCUCUGCUUGUAGACACUGAGAAGGUAAAACUGUGAC